AUGAACAGCAGGCUUUUGGUCCUGUCUGCCUUACUGGCAUAUGUUUGUGCAAAGUCUAUAAACGAAAAACGAACACCGUGCGGAUUUCCACCAUGCGGAGGACCUUCAGGUGGUUGUGGGGGAUUUUCUAGUGGAUUUGGAACAGGGUAUGGAGCUGGCAAUAUGCAUUUCCAAGAAUUGCCAACCACAGUAAUAAAUCUACCUGCUGGACCAGCUGCACCUUGCUAUCCACCACCUCCACCACCACCUCCACCACCACCACCACCAAUCCCAGGACCACCAGGAGCCCCUGGACCAAUGGGACCUCCCGGAUCUCCAGGAAGUCCAGGUUAUUCUGGGCCACCUGGACCACCUGGAUAUCCAGGUAGUCAAGGGCCAAUGGGACCACCUGGACCACCCGGACCACCUGGUAUGCCAGCCCCACCAGCUCCACCACCUCCACCAAUUUGUUUACAUCAUUGCAUGAAAAUCUGCCCUGCACCAGCUCCAGCAUGUGUUGCAAUGAGUCCUCCCCCUCCUCCACCACCCCCACCACCACCACCAAGUUGUUUUUGCCCUUCUUACCCUUGUAUGUGCGGUUAA